CAGAUAUCAGUCAAUGUGUAUACUCCACAUUUCUAGACGGCUUUGUAUACAUAUAGCUAUAGGACCCGCCGCAUCUGCGCCCAGCGUAUAAUAAGUAGUCGGAGACUCUGCCUCUGCGAGAGGAGAGAGAGAGAAAGCUAUUCGUAUGUGUACCCUAUACUCUGCUGAGUCUGCUCUCUGAUGCUCGGAUUGGAUUUGGAACGAAGCCAGUGUCGUUUCGCCGUUACGAAAAUGAUGUUUAUACGUUACCCGGAGGAGUAGAUUAAAUAUCCGCAGCUGGGAUCAUCGAAAUUGCACAAGUGAAGCGAAGUUUUCCUCGUCCGAUCGUCUUGGCAUAUUCACCCGCUGGCAGGGCUAGGCUGGAGGCAUUCGCGUGCGGGCACCCGACGCGGACAGCGAUAAUAGCGAUAAUAAUUGGCAGCUGGACAACCGUACUUCUACACCGAGGGAGAACGAGUCGAGUAUUGCAUUUGGAAAGAUGGAAGACGACCGCAUCGGGGAAGGGCUUCGCAACAUUUUGCAUAGGCUCUGGACCAUCAACAUGAACGAUUUAUCACUCUCAGAUGAUUCUUGCAUAGAAGAUUCUGUAGAUAACAUCAAAUCUGUUACUGUUGAUGGUGUACCAAUACGAAAGCUCUUCAUUGGCAAUAUCGCACAAAGGACAACGCACAAAGAUUUGGAGAAAUUAUUUUCUAAUUAUGGACAAUUGGAUAGUUGCUACUUGAAAAGAAAUACUGGUAAAAGCAACUAUGCUUUUGUAACCUUUCACAGUAUUGAUGAUGCUCUCAAAGCAUCAAAAGAUGGUCUUAGAAAAAGAAUACAUCUUCACAAUCGAGACCUAAGAGUAAUGCCAGCUGACUCUUGGCAUCAACCAGACAGUAUUGAAAAUCAAAAUAAAAAAUCACAAAAAAAUUCAGAUGGUAAAGAAAUGUCCACGGAUUACAUACUAAAUGAAGAUGCUGAAAUACACAAAUUAAAUGAUGAUUGUCUGAUGCACGUAUUCUCAUUUCUUCCUAUAGCAGACAGAGUCAAAGUAGAAAGAGUUUGCAGACGAUGGCUAAAUGUAAGCCAAGAAUCGUGGCGAACUUUUAAAAAAUUAAAUUUAACCCAAACUACCUGGGGAUUUCAGUGUAAAACUUAUGGCCUACGAGAAAUUGACACACCUACGUUACGAAAAGUUCUGCUGCGUUGCGGUCAGUUUCUUACACAUAUCGACUUUUCUACAUUUGCAGAGAAACUAAGUUCAAGUACUCUGACUGUUGUCGGCAGAAAUUGCCCGAAUUUACAGUGCAUCGAUGUUACUGCACUAAACGUUUCACCUGCGGGAAUAAAAUCCCUAACAGAUAACUGCAGUAAUAUUAUGGAAUUCAGUCUCGGUCAUUGUUCGAGCUCAUGUGAUAAUGACUUGUCACAUUUAUUCUCCAAAAAUAAGAAACUUCGAUACCUUAAACUUGUACAUAAUUCAAUCACUGGUAAAUGUUUACUAAGUUUACCAGUGGAAUCUAUAGAAACGAUUAUUUUAGAAGAAUGCACGAAUGUAUCUCCGUGCCAUUUUUCUAACGUUGUUCCAACAUUUGAAAAAUUACAUACACUCUCGCUUGAAAAAUGUGUUAGUUUCAAUGAUCAGGCUGUGAAAGCAAUUAGCUUAUGUUCUAAAAGUUUGAAAGUUUUACGCCUCUGUGAUUAUUAUCCAAUGAUAAAAUUAAAUACUAUGCCACAACUUGCAGAAUUAGUUAAUCUUGAGAGCUUGGAUGUUUCUCAAAAUGUUUUAGUACAGGAUAAGUUUUUAACUGUUAUUGGAACACAAUGUAAACUGUUAACAAGUGUAAAUAUCAGUUCCUGCCAUUCAGUCACAAAUGAAGGUUUAGCUGCUAUUACAUCUUUACCAAAGCUCCAACAUCUCUUCAUUAACUACCUCGGGAAAAUCACUGAUGAAGUACUCGCGGACAUGCCAAAUUUGCGUACAAUGGAAUGUCGAGGUUGUCCGAACUUAAAGGAUCAAGGACUCUCUACUCUUAUUGAAGAAUCGCAACAUAUCGAGCUUCUUGACCUCUCGGGUUGCAAUCACAUUUCGAACGAGCUCAUUGAAGUCGCUAUUAAAUCGACAAUCAAUCGCACAAACAACGUUAUACUCAAGAUGUUCGUGGGCGAUACAAGCGUCCAACACAGCAAAAUAACAAAAGUAUCACCAUUCCUGCAAGUGCUCAAUGUCGAUCUCUCAGAGCCUUACUUACGUCCGGACUUCGAUCAUGAUGAAUACGAUUUCUUUCCAGACGACUACGAUAUGGAUGAACUAGAUGAUAUCGAUGAUUAUGAUCCCUUUCUCGCUACUGACGAUGAAUACGACGAUGAUUGUGAUAUUUAUUUUGGACAAAAUAUCAAUGAUGAUAAUUUUUGAAUAGAAUUUUAAAGUAAGAAAAACUGAAAAAAGUUAAAGAAAAAAUUGCCCUGGAUGAAAUAUUUCUUUUACUUAAACGUGAGACUAAAGACUUGUAGAGAGAUAGAAGCAUUUUUCAACUUUACUUAAGAUUGAUAUACAACAUAAAAGAGUCAUAUUAUCGCUAAAAAAUAAUCGGUAAUUAAUAAUAAUCUCAUGCUUUGCUAUAUAGUUUUCAUAUUUGAAUUUUUCAUGCGAUUUAUAAUGUAAUAUUUUAUUUGUUUAUAACUUUUACAAACUUUGUCAAGUCACCAAUAUAUUUUUCCUUACAUACACAAUUCUUUCACGUAGAUUUAAUAAUGUGAUUAAAUCUUAUUUUCGAUUAACAAAUUGUUGUGCAUUAAUCACACUUUUUUCCUAUAUAAAUAAUGCUUCAACAAACGAAAAAAAUUAUUAAUUUUGACAAAACAAAAUGUAAUAUUUUUAGUAUGGUUUUCUAUCCAGGGAUUGAACAACGAAGACAUGAAACUUGUUCAGCUGCGAUAAUCUAACAUUACCGAUUAUAAAUGAAACAUUUUGAAGUUCCAAGUCCAUCAAAUAUCCAGUUAAUGGAUAACUCAUAAAUUAAAACUAAACAGCAUCUAUAUUUGAUUCUCAUCUGAAAGAACGUAGAUUAAUAUAGUAAAACUAAAUUACAAAUUACUCUUAUUUUUGAUAUACGGUUUUUUCAUAAGAUUUAUACAACAUUCAGCAGAGUUAAAUGGUUUCAUUUUUUGUUUAUUAAUUUCAUGAAAAUAAAAACAUUUUCUUAAGUUUGUAUGCUCGUGUAAUGUAAAUAGUUCAUUUAACAUGAUUUUUAUAGAAUUUUGGAGACCUUCUUUAUUGCUGUUACUGAGAAGUUAACGAAUGUAUGCGGGUAUUUAAGAAUAUAUUAAGCCAAAAACAUGAAAUUAUAAUGAUUAUUUCAAAACAGCGUAAUAUGUUUUUUUAAUUAUCAUUGUUAAAUUUGUGAUGCAUAUUGAAAGAAAAUGUAAACCAUUAAACGAUUUAUUAAUAUAAAGUAUCAACUGUACAUGUAAGAAACUCAACUUUUUCACGUUUCAAAUUUAUCGAAAGUAUAAGAAUCUGAACAUUAUGAUGAUCAUGCGACUCAUUUACGCAAUAAAACUAUAUGAGUAAAAAGUGAAGAAUAAAA